AGCACAACUAAGCCAGCUAAAAUAAAGCUGAGCUCUGCUCAGUGUCAUUUGCGCCGCGACAAAAUCGCGACAAGUCAACGGAAAUUCAAUUUAAACCGAAGCAUAGCUGUAAAAUAUACAUAUUUGUGGUGAAAAAAGAUAAAAAUAUCGAUACAAAAUCCAAAUCACUUGCGUAAAAACGAAAGCGGAAGGGAAACCUCAUUUUGAGCUUCUCCACACACUGCAUUUGAAUUUUUAUUUUUGUUUGCUAGUGCGCCUUUGUUUUGUACGCGGUUUUGGUGGUGAGGCCACAAGCAUUCGCCCUUUGGCAUCGCUUGAAAAAAGUUCAGUGCGGAAUUUCUCAUUAGUUGCAUAAAAAGCGUUCGAGAGCGCGGACAAAAGUGCUGCAACGCGUGCCGGUGGACAUCGAAAUAUCAGCAGCGCUGUUGUUUUUCGACUACUUACCACCAGCUGUGGCCACAAGCGCGAAACGAAAUUAAAAUUUCUUAUUGCAAGUGCAAAUCGAUGGAAGCUGAGUUGUAAGGAGGGAAAAAAGGAGCGAAGUAUUUUAAUUUGAAAGUUUACGGAAAAAAAAGAUCAAAAGUUUUUGUUCGGAUAUUUACGCUACAGCUGCGGUGAGGUUUUUUCAAACUGACUUACAAAUUUACGUGCUACUCGUAAAUACCAGCUGCUAAGCGGCAGUGUGAAAAUGUCGUCAACAUGUUAUCGGUUACUAGCUGUUAUGCUAAUUUCGCAUAUUUUACUAGCGCCGUGUGCCAGGGCGGCAACAAUACCCACAGCCGCCACGCUAGCCUCCACCGCCGCCAACAGCGCGCCUAAAGUGAAUGUGGAGACAGAGGUGCUGCGUUUCUCAUACGAAUUGGAGCGCUGGCUUGAUACUGACAAGCGACCCUGCCAGGACUUCUACGGCUAUGUCUGUGGCAAGACCGUGAACAGCACGAAGGAACAGUUCGAGGCGCGUUUGCAGCGUGAGCAGGAGAAGUUCGAUAAAUUUCUGAGCGCCAAUAAUAACGAGGACCUGCUUGAUGCUGAGCUUAAGCUGAAACAAUUCUAUGACUCUUGCAAAAAUGCGCGCUCUGUGGAGGAGCUGAAAGAGUCUUUCAUGUAUAAGCAGAGCGGCGGUUGGCCGGCAAUUGACAGUUCAGCGGCGAUGUUGCGUCGCCGACGUGGCAAAACCUGGAUGGAUGUGGUUGGCGCAUUUCAUGAAGCCGGUGUAAAUUAUUUCUUCACCCAACGCGUUGAGAUUAAGUCCAAUAAGCGUACCGUCUAUCUACAAGUGGAGGAUGUGAUGCGCACAACUUUGCGCAAAUUUGAGCAAUUGGUUGGUGAAGUGUUUGCGGAAUAUGGUGUGGAUGUGGAUCGCGGUAGGCUGAUCGCUUUGGAAAUAUUGACUUUCGAAAGAAAUCGGCGUGAAAUACUGAAAGACGAGCAACAAGAAGACGACACAGAGUAUACUUAUGUUGAUUUUAAGGCUUCGAACUUUGGCGCUUCAGUGCAGAUCGAUUGGGAUAAGUAUUUCAAGAGUACACUUGGUAAGCCGCUGAAACCAACAGAUAUGGUGGUGAUACAUAAGAAGAACAAAUUAGGCAAGUUAUUCCAGUUUCUGCAACAGACUUCAUUGACGCGACUACUCAACUGGAUUUGGAUCGAUUACUUGAUGGACAAAAGCGCCACGCACUGCCAAGAGUUGGCGAAACAGUUUUUCGAGCCCGUGCACCAACACAUUGWGGAACACGCCUAUCUGGACAAGGUGCAAAUGGCGCAACUCUACUCUAACAUCGGCCACGCUUACGACGAUACACUGCUGCCCAGCGCUUGGAUCGACGAAAUGUCGCAGCAAAACUCACAUCUCUUUCUCGGACGCGCCAUGCAUCUCACACUCAACGGCGAUGAAAGUCUCGAUGCCGAUUACGCUAAAUUACAAAUCAGCAAUCGUAACUUCUACCGCAACCUCGAGAAGGUGCAACGCAUGCUCGCACAGCAAGGCAAAAGUCAACGCCUAACUACGCGCGUAGGCAACGCCGGCAUUGCGGACACCACACAAAUUGCGGCGAAUUUCAUGCACACCUUCGUAAGCGUUAGCGCAUUAUUGCAGCAGCAAAAUCUAACCACACCACUAAGUCAACUGCUGGUGGGCGAGCGCUUUGCUGAGCAUAUGAUCGCUAGCGGCAGCACGACACAGACGGCCGGCGCUUGGCGUAGCAUGGAGUCGGAGCGUGAAUUUGCCAUACUGCGUCAGUGUGUGCAACAGCAAUCAGGUGCAGCCGAGUUGCCAUACAAUUUGAAUGAGUUGCUGUUGAAACUGUUGGCACAACACUUGGCGCAGCAGACUUACGAGCAAUGGCAGCAGAGCAACGAACGUUUGGUGCGUCGCUUGGAUACGCUUUUGGCGGCUGGACGCUUGCAAUUAUCCAUGGCGAAACUCUACUACAUCGGCUCAGUGCUGACUGAGUGCGGCGAUUAUGAGAGUGUGGCACAGAAGCAGCUACUGAAGGGUUAUUUGCGCAAUUCGGUGAAAUUUCGGCAGGCCUUCCGCUGUCGCGCCGCAGAUGAUUUGAAUUCGCGCAAUAUUUGCAAGGUGCUCUGAGAAGAUUGAAUGUGGCUU